AUAAAAAUUGGAUCUUUUUUUUUUGAAAUUAAAAAAAAAAAAAAUUGGAUCUUUAUUUGUAGGGGGAGAAGAAGAAAAAGGAGGGGGAGAAAGAUGGCGUUACAGGCUGGGUCUGGGGUUUCGACCUCUCAGGUUCUCGUUCUUGUUGGAGCAGGCUUGACGAGUUCGAUCAUUUUGAGGAAUGGCCGUUUGUCUGAUCUUCUUGCACAGCUUCAGGAGUUAUGCAAGGGUGUAAAUGAAGUUGAGAUCUUGCCGGAGAAAUUUGAUAGCUCAAUUCUUAGAGCUCAGAUUCAACAAUUGUCGGAAGAAAUCAGGGAGUUAACCUUAUCUGGCCCUGUUACCAUCUACAAUGGGAAUCCUGACUCUGGUGGGAGUUAUGCCUCGUACUUAAUUCCAGCUGCUGCACUUGGUGCUAUGGGAUAUUGCUACAUGAAGUGGAAGGGAUGGUCAUUUUCUGAUGUAAUGUAUGUAACAAGGCAUAAUAUGGCGAAUGCUGUUGCAACUGUGUCAAAGCAACUAGAGACUGUGCAUGAAACAUUGGCUAUUACAAGGAGACAUCUGACCAAGAAGCUGGAAGAGUUGGAUUGGAAGGUGGAGGAGCAGAGGGAAACCACGCAGCUUAUUGCAAAUGGUGUGAAUGAGGUGAAAUCAAACCUUUCUCAAAUUGGGUUUGAUGUUGACGUUAUUCAUCAAAUGGUCUCUGGGUUGGAAGGCAAGGUCGAUCUUCUCGAGAGCAAACAGGAUGUGACAAACUCAGGUCUAUGGUACCUAUGCCAAGUAGCUGAAGGCUCCAAAGAUCGGCUGGAAACUAAAACAAUUCAGGAUGUCUCUGCUAAGCUGACAAAGCAUUUAACAAUGACAUCUGAGGACAAAUCACUCAAGGGCCUCCAAUUCAUUGCUGAAACUAAAGAGCCGAGCAUGGUUGAGAAAUCAAUGACAAGCACGGAAACUGCUAAUCCCAGCAACUUCCCUGGCCAAAAAGUUCCAGCCCUGAAAACAAGAAUACACAGGUCGUAUCCUGUUGGGAUUUCUUUGCACCGGAACAUAACGAGCUCAGAUUCUUGAUUUUUUUCUCAUCUCUUUUUUAUUCUUUUUGCCCUUUCCAAUUGAUUCUUGAAAAUGUGUGGUUUCUGGAACUCGCUUGCUUGUCUGAGUUUCCAAAAUGGGUUUUUCAGUUUACACUUUUUUUUAUGCUUAGGAGAAAAUAUACAGUGAUUGUAAUUCAGUGUUGCUAUUGCUUCACUAAUAUACAUGUAUACAAUAAGCUCAAAUAUGUGCUUAUGAAAAUACCUGUAUCAUUGAACAAAUAAAAGAAGUGCAUGAUAUGUCAUCGGAUCCCUA